AUGCCGCACCCACAAGAAGAUAUUGCUGACGCCGACGCGGCCCAGCUGGCCCAGCUGGGUCACAAGGGCCAGCUGAAGCGGAACUUCUCCCCGCUGGCUAUGCUCGGUCUCGCGUUCGCAAUUUUGAACUCCUGGACGGCGCUCGCUGCGAGUCUGUCCCUCGCCUUACCGAGUGGAGGGCCGACGUCGGUGCUCUGGGGUCUGAUCACCGCGGGGGUCUGCAACCUGUGCCUCGCCGUCUCCUUGGCCGAGUUCCUCUCCGCCUACCCGACCGCCGGAGGCCAGUAUCACUGGGUGGCCGUCAUCUCCUGGAGGCCGUGGGUCCCGCUCCUCUCCUGGAUCACGGGCUGGAUCAACGUCUCGGGCUGGAUAGCGCUCAUCUGCUCCGGGGGCCUCCUCGGCUCGCAGCUCAUCAUGGGCGUCAUCUCCCUGGUGCACCCUGCCUUCGUCGCCCGCCGCUGGCACCAGUUCCUCAUCUACAUCGGCUACAAUGUCGCCGCGUUUCUGGUGAACGCGUUCAUGACGGCUGCCUUGCCCAGCAUCACCAGGGCGGCCUUCAUGUGGUCCAUUGCGGGCUUUGUGGUCAUCUCCAUCACCGUGCUGGCGUGUGCGAGCCCGGAUUAUACGUCUGCGGAAUAUGUGUUUACCGAGUUCAUCAACGAGACGGGCUGGCCGGACGGGAUCGCUUGGCUGCUGGGCCUGCUGCAAGGCGGGUUGGGCCUCACGGGAUUCGAUGCCGUGGCGCACAUGAUCGAGGAGAUUCCGAGCCCGGCGGUUGAAGGGCCCAGGAUCAUGAUCGCCUGCGUGGGUAUCGGGGUCUUCACGGGCUUCAUCUUUCUGAUGGUCCUGCUGUUCGUGGCGGGGCAGGUUGAUGGUCCGGAUGGUGUUAUUGAGAGUGCGGCCGGGCCGCUGCUGCAGAUCUUCUAUAAUGCUACGGGCAGUAAGGCCGGUGCGAUCUGCUUGUUGAUCUUCCCCCUCCUAUGUCUUUUGUUCGCCACGACGAGUAUCAUGACCACGUCAAGUCGAAUGACCUAUGCGUUUGCGAGAGAUGGCGGACUGCCCGUCUCACGUGUAUUUGCCAGGGUACAUCCCAGACUCAGCCUGCCCCUCAACGCGCUUUACCUGAACGUAGCUCUUGUCAUCAUAUUCGGCUGCAUCUUUCUCGGCUCGAGCUCGGCCUUCAACGCCAUCAUCUCCGCCUCGGUCGUUGCCCUCGGCGUCUCAUAUGGUAUCCCCAUCGCGAUCAACUGUCUGCGUGGACGCAGCAUCUUACCAGAAAGUAGGCCUUUCAAGCUGAACGGUCUGCUGGGAUGGACUGCAAAUUUGAUUGGCAUCGCCUACGUGAUACUCACCACUGUGCUCUUCGUGUUCCCUCCGGAUUUGCCGGUAACAGGUUCGAAUAUGAACUAUUGCAUCGUAGUCUUCUCUAUCAUCAUCGUGAUUUCGAUUGUGCAGUGGUUGGUCGACGGCAAGAAAAACUUUACCGGCCCGAGAUUCGACGUGGAGGAUUUACAGAACGGAGAAGUGUUGGGCGUUGAUCCUGCCCUCUUCUCGGAACAGGAAUCCAGCUCCGUGGGCGACAAGGAUUUUUCUAAGAAGUGA